AAUGCGCCAUCUAUCGAAUUCACGACCAAUUGACAUAUUAUUGUUAUACCAGGAUGAUCAAGUGUACAAUUCGCUAAAAUAGAAUGUUGACGUGUAUUACGUUUUGGGUUGAUAAAUAGACAUUUAUUUGUAAUUAACGCCAGAACAGAAUGUAAUGUUCUCAGAAUGUAUACACUUCAAACGAUUACUUUGUUUUUAUUUGGAUUUUUUCUGCAUUCAUGCAAAGGCGCAGGUAUCGAGUAUGUGGGCUGUUAUGAGGAUAGCAGCAGCAACCGAAUCCUUCAAGGCUCUUUUUACUUUUCUGAUUCGAACUCACCAGCGGAGUGUUCAAAAAUCUGCAGCAACUACAAGUUUUUCGGAGUGCAGUCGGGGAGGCAUUGCCGAUGUGGUAAUGCGCUUUAUUCUUCAACCCAAAAGCCAGAGUCAGAGUGUUCUUUUAUUUGUCCUGGCGACAGAAGCAAGAUAUGUGGCGCUGAUUGGAGGAUUAACCUCUACAGGCAUUCGGAUUGCCCACUCGGAAGUAACAGCGUGAACUGUUCCAAGCAAUGCAAUUGCCGAGUGGGCUCAUGCGACAAUGUUACGGGUGCAUGUGGAAAUGAGGGCUGUACAGACGGAUGGACAGGACUAGCGUGUAAUGAACGCUGCGCACUCGGAAGUUACAGCGUUAACUGUUCCAAGCAAUGCCAUUGCCGUGUGGGCUUAUGCGAUAGUGUUACGGGUGCAUGUGGAAAUGGGGGUUGUAAAGACGGAUGGAAAGGAAUAGUAUGUAAUGAAAGCUGCCCACUCGGAAGUUACAGCGUCAACUGUUCCAAGCAAUGCCAUUGUCUUGUGGGCCCAUGCGACGGUGUGAAGGGUGAUUGUGAAAAUGAUGGCUGUAAAGACGGAUGGACAGGAAUAGCGUGUAAUGAUAAGUGUGGCGGGGUCCUGACAGAAUCAUUUGGCGUCAUUACGAGCCCCAACUUCCCGUCAUAUUACAGCCACAAAUUGCAAUGUACCUGGGUCAUCAACGCGCCAGAGGGAAGCCGUAUCAACGUGAACUUAACAGACUUUAAAAUGGAGACCCAUUCAAAGUGCAAUUAUGACUACCUGGAGCUAUUCAACGGACCUAACGCCUCCUCUCCGCCAAUCGGAAAGUACUGCGGGGAAGCGCCACCUAAGGGAUUCCAGUCGCAGUCGAACUCUGUCGGUAUUGUCUUCAUCACAGACCAAAGCCAAAGUGCGAUGGGUUUCCGGAUGACUUACACAUUCACACAGGACUGCCCACAUGAACGUAACAGCGUAAACUGCUCCAACCAAUGCCAUUGCCUUGUUGGCACAUGCGACAGUGUCACAGGUGCAUGUGGAAAUGGGGUCUGUAAAGACGGAUGGAAAGGAACAGCGUGUAAUGAAACCUGCCCACACGGAAGUUACAGCAUUAACUGUUCCAAUCAUUGCCAUUGUCGUUUGGGCCCAUGCGACGGUGUAACCGGUGCAUGUGGAAAUGGUGGCUGUAAAGACGGAUGGACAGGAAUAGCGUGUAAUGAAAAGUGUGGCGGGGUCCUGACAGAAUCAUUUGGCGUCAUUACGAGCCCCAACUUCCCGUCAUAUUACAGCCACAAAUUGCAAUGUACCUGGGUCAUCAACGCGCCAGAGGGAAGCCGUAUCAAUGUGAACUUAACAGACUUUAAAAUGGAGACCCAUUCAAAGUGCAAUUUUGACUACCUGGAGCUAUUCAACGGACCUAACGCCUCCUCUCCGCCAAUCGGAAAGUACUGCGGGGAAGCGCCACCUAAGGGAUUCCAGUCGCAGUCGAACUCUGUCGGUAUUGUCUUCAUCACAGACCAAAGCCAAAGUGCGAUGGGUUUCCGGAUGACUUACACAUUCACACAGGACUGCCCACAUGAACGUAACAGCGUAAACUGUUCCAAUCAAUGUCAUUGCCGUGUGGGCCCAUGCGACGGUGUAACGGGUGCAUGUGGAAAUGGGGUCUGUAAAGACGGAUGGAAAGGAACAGCGUGUAAUGAAACCUGCCCACACGGAAGUUACAGCGUUAACUGUUCCAAAUAUUGCCAUUGUCGUGUGGGCCCAUGCGACGGUGUUACUGGUGCAUGUGGGAAUGGUGGCUGUAAAGACGGAUGGACAGGAAUAGCGUGUAAUGAAAAGUGUGGCGGGGUCCUGACAGAUCCAUUUGGCGUCAUCACGAGCCCCAACUACCCGUCGAAUUACAACAGAAACGUUCAAUGUACCUGGGUCAUCAACGCAUCCGAGGGCUAUCAGAUAAAUGUGAACUUUACAGACUUUGCUCUGGAGGACAGCUCCGAGUGCAAUUAUGACUUCCUGGGGCUCUUUUACGGACCUAACGCCUCCUCUCCGUUAGUCGGGAAGUUCUGCGGGACAGCGCCACCUUGGCGAUUCCAGUCGCAGUCGAACUCUGUCCGUAUUGUCUUUUCCACAGACUCCAGCGAUAGUGCGAGGGGUUUCAAUCUGACGUACACGUUCUCCGUACAAGAUCUCUUUUACAUGGGCUGUUAUGAGGACAGUAAAAACCGAAUCCUUGCAGAUUAUGAUUACCAUUCUGAGUCGAACUCACCAACCGAGUGUUCAAACAACUGCAGCCACUACAAGUUUUUCGGAGUGGAGGCGCGGACUCAUUGCCUCUGUGGUAAUACGCUUCAUUCUACAACUAAAAAGCCAGAGUCAGAGUGUUCCUUCAUUUGUUCGGGCGACAGAAGCCAGAUAUGUGGCGCUCAUUGGAGGAUUAACAUAUACAGUCAUGGGGAUUGCCCACUCGGACGUACCGGAGUAAACUGUUCCAAGCGAUGCCAUUGCCGUGUGAACCCAUGCGACAAUGUUACGGGUACAUGUGGAAACGGUGGCUGUAAAGACGGAUGGAAAGGAAUGGCGUGUAAUGAAAGCUGCACACUCGGAAGUUACAGCGUUAACUGUUCCAAGCAAUGUCAUUGCCGUGUGGGCCCAUGCGACGGUGUUACGGGUGCAUGUGGGAAUGAUGGCUGUACAGACGGAUGGACAGGAAUAGCGUGUAAUGAAAAGUGUGGCGGGGUCCUGACAGAUCCAUUUGGCGUCAUCACGAGCCCCAACUACCCGUCGAAAUACAACAGAAAAGUUCAAUGUACCUGGGACAUCAACGCAUCCGAGGGCUACCAGAUCAAUGUGAACGUUACAGACUUUGCUCUGGAGCAUCACACCGAGUGCAAUUAUGACUACCUGGAGCUCUUCAACGGACCUAACGCCUCCUUUCCGUCAUUCGGGAAGUUCUGCGGGACAGCGCCACCAAGGGGAUUCCAGUCGCAGUCGAACUCGGUCCGUAUUGUCUUUUCCUCAGACUCCAGCGAUAGUGCGAGGGGUUUCAAUCUCACGUACACAUUCUCCGUACAUGGCUGCACGUUCGGACGUUACAGCGUUAACUGUUCCAAGCAAUGUCAUUGCCGUGUGGGCCCAUGCGAGGGUGUUACGGGUGCAUGUGGAAAUGAUGGCUGUAAAGACGGAUGGGCAGGAAUAGCCUGUAAUGAAACAAAUGUAUCUAUUUCUACAACGGAGCGUCAACAUGACCAUUCUGAAGAUGACAAGUCUAUUUCUGAAAAAUUGCAUAACCCCGUAUUAGCUGCAACGUUAUCUUCUGUCCUCGGAGUUGUGCUUGUUGCUGCUGUACUAUUUGCUGUGGUGUACAUCAGACGACGACGUCGCCAAUCCGCUGGAGGGGCCUCUGAUAAUACAGACUUGUCUCCUGAACAUAACUACGAAGACCUGUUAACAUCCAGGGACACUGGCAACUAUGACUACCUUGAAAUGCCAUCCCGUUGCCAAAAGGAAAGCACACAUUAGAAUGCUGCAGAUGCUUACGUCACUUUGACGAAUAGACUUGGUAAAUAAAAUAUGCAAAAGAAAUUUUCCGCGUCCAAUGUAUAUUUUUGUAUAUAACAUUGUACCAGAUCCAGAAAUUGAAACUAUAUACGACCAAGAAUAACAAAACCACAUGCGAGUUUCUUCACCAAGACACAUUAUCGAUCUGAACAAACACCAAACAAAAAUAAACGCAUGUACACACACUAGUCUGAUAUUGAAACUACUUCUGAUAGUUCUACCAGCUUCUACAUAGAGUCUCUUCUAACCAAUCAUAACAACACCAGUCCCAGCACUUCAUUUGUGAUUGCGGCAGGUUACUUCAACAUCAGCGGGUCAGGCAAUAUACUUAACCAACAAACCCUACCAACAUCGUGUCAACCCCUGUUCAAGGGGACGGUAAUGCAAAAGGAUUUGUUGAACGUUGACAAUAGUAAAUAAUUUAAUGUUUUGGAAAUAUCUGUAAAUAUUGUUUUGAUCACCCAUCCCUUUUCAUCAACCAUGGUUGACAUAUAAACGUCAUCAACAUAUAUCAACGACUGCUCUUAUUUAUUUCUACAUGUAUUUGAUAUUUAUAUAUGUCCAAUUAGGAGAAUACUGUUUUACCAGUUUUCACGUUAAUAUGCACAAUGCUUUGCUAUGCAUAGUAAUAUCUUGAUGUAUAGCUCGAACUUCUUUGAUCAAAUCGAUAAAUAAACAUAAAAAUCAGCUUAACUCACACCAGUUAGUAAAUGUAUAUCUUUUAAUAUACAGUAUGAUCAUUGCCUGUACUAAUCACAUGCUAUGCAGAGUUAUGUUUGAGUAUUGAUACCAUCACAAUAUUUCUAAUGCACAUGUAUACAAGUACUGUUCAUGAAAUAUAGUAUACGUUGUUUUUGUUUGUUUUAUAAAGUGCACAAUGAAGAAAACAAACGAAAAUUUAUGUUUACAAGGAGAACUUCAUGACUUUGUAACUGUCCGACAUGUAGAUGUAAAUAGAUAUGUAUAAGUUGAAUAAAUAUUAUAUUAUAUGUUCAUGUAUAUAUAAUUAUUAACUGUCAACAUUUUAACUCAAUGUGUGACUGCAUGCGUGGAUUUACGAAUGAGUAUUUAUAACAUCGUAGUAUGCAUUAUAAAGUUCUUAUAAAGUUCACAAAAACACAACAUAAUAAUAUUUGUGUUAACAAGGAAAACUGCAUGACUAUGUAAUUUUCUGAUAUAAAGAUGUUACCAGAGUUGCAUAAGUAUAACAUUAUUUCUAUUAGGAGUAUAUUAUGACUUCCUUUUAUAUAUUUUUACUCCAUGUGUGAGUGCAUGCCUUGAUGCUUAGGUGUGUGUGUGCUCUUGUACAAGAGGGACACUAAGGACUUCAGUCGGUAUGCACACACACGAGUGGGCUCUCAGUGACAUAAUGAGGUCGUCCUUACUUGUCAAAAUACAUUUAUUAAUGCCUAUAUACAUAUAUAUCCUGUAAUAUGCAUAUUUGAUCACCAAACAAUAAUAAACUAAACAUAUACGUU